GGCGGCGGCGGGGGGCGGCCAUGGCCGGGGCUGGCGGCUGGGACGGGCCGCAGCGGCGAGCCUGGCUCCAGCACUACUACAGCCAGCGGCAGAAACGCCUCAUGACGCUCCUGAUUGCUCGCCGAAGGAGAACCAGCUGCUACUUCUAUCCCCGUGCCUGGCCCAACCUCAGAAGUGAGGACUGGUGGGAGCGGGUGGUCCUGAAGGAGUUUGGUCCUCAGGACUGGCUGGAGAAGUUUCGGAUGUCCAAGGAGACCUUUUUUUAUGUCUGCAGCCGGCUGCAGCCUGGGCUGGCUCCACACAGCACCCAUUUCCACCCUGCCCUGCCUGUGGAGAAGAGGGUGGCUGUGGCCCUGUGGCACUUGGCCACCAACGUGGAGUACCAGACUCUCAGCCCGCUCUUUGGUGUGGGGCCCUCCACAGUGCAGACGUGUGUCCGGGAGGUCAGCUAUGCCAUCGUCUUGCUGCUGAAGCCCCUCUACCUCCGGCUGCCCAGUGAGAAGGAGCUGGAGAACAUGGUGCGUAUCUUCCGCACCCGCUGGGGCUUCCCACACUGCAUCGGUGCCCUGGACUGCCUGCACAUCCCCAUCCACCCACCUCUGCGCCUCAGUGCCGACUACUACAAUGGUCAGGGCUGGCACUCCAUCCUGACACAGGCCACCGUGGAUGGGCUAGGGCAGUUCUGGGAUGUCUCCACUGCCUUCCCUGGCAGCAUGGAGAACAGCGCGGUCCUGGAGAGCUCCAGCUUGUGGGUGCUGGCCAAGGAGGGCCGGCUCUGCCCCAACCCUCCCAAGCACUUCAUGGGAAAGGCACAGAAGUAUGUGCUACUGGGUGAUGCCACCUACCCCUUGCAAGACUGGAUCCUCAAGCCCUACCAGGAGGAUGAGAACCUCACCCAGCGGCAGCUGCAGUUCAACUACCGCCUGAAGCGGGCACACAGCGUGAUAGAGAACGCCUUCCUGCGCCUGAAGGCACGCUGGCAGAUCCUCCUCAAGUGCGAUGACUGCAGCCUGGAGCUGCUGCCCACCCUUGUCCUCGCUUGCUGCAUCCUGCACAACAUCUGUGAAGCCCACGACAACCCCUUCAAUGAGGAGUGGCUGGAGGGCACUGAGCCCAUGGAACUGCCCAAGCCUUGCCAGCCCGCGCCCGCUGCCAUGGAGGAUGGGCAAGCUGAGCAAGUGCGUGAGCUGAUGUGCCAGUACUUUGAGAGCUGCGGGGAGGGCUGACAGGGCUGGGGAGGGUGGGGGAAGAAGCAGCUCUGCAUAUCCUUGCUCACAGACUUUCUGUGGACUCUCGCGAUUCCAGGCUGUUGGGUAAAGGAUUGUGCCCUCUCCUCUCUGCCGAAGGUUGCACCAGACAUUCCCAGGGUGGGGAAGGGGCCAGCUGCAUCAUGCUUGUGGGGUGGUUUCAGCCAGUGGAAUGUAUUUUGUGCCCUUGCUCUCUU